UCAAUAGUAACUAUUUUUCUAUUUUUUUUUUUGGAAAACUAUUUAUUAAAUUUAUUUUCAAAAAUAUUAAAGGGUAUUAUAGGCAAAAAUGACAUAAAAUAGAUAUUAGUCUAAAAAGACAUAGUUAUCAUUUUUUUGCUCUAAAAAAAAUAAUUUUCCCAAAUUUAUAUAUCCAAAAGACCAGAGAUUGUUUUUGUUUCCUAUACCCAAAAUCACAGUGGAAAAUAUUUGCCGACAAAAACGUAUAUUAUUUUUUAAUUAUGGUCUAGCAAUACGUUGAAGUUUGAAUUAUUAUCUUCUUACUAACUAUUUUAAAAAAUGAAAUCUCCUGAUAUGAGAUCAAUGUCUGGUAACGUCUUUUCAAAAUAAAAUCCGAAAUUUUCUCACAAAUGAUUUUUAUAGAAUCUUACGCAUUUAAAACGAAUAGUAAAGCCAUUUAAUUCAUUUCAUCUAAUAAGGAAAUAAAUGUUAUAAACUUAGAAGGUAAAAUGUUCGUGUCUUUUGAAUAUCUACAACAAGAAAAUCUCUCUUCAAACGUAUAUCUAUUUUCUCUCUCAAAAAACAUAAAAUUUCAGAACAACGCCAACAAUGGCAGAAAACGACUUCUCACUCAAAGAGACAUGUCCGAAAAUCGGCGGUGGAAGAUCGUUUCCCGGCGGCGAAAUGCAGACGUCAUCGUUCGACCUCGUGGAGCGAAUGACAUUUCUCUACAUCCGAGUCGUCAAGGCUCGAGCCUUACCUUCCAACGACUCAUUCAUCGAAGUCACCAUCGGAAGCUACAAAGGAAGAACGAAGAACAACACAAACCCUAACCCUAACCCUGAGUUCCACGAAGUGUUCGCCUUUAACAAGGAUCGUCUCCAAGGAAACGUCUUGGACGUCGCUGUGAAGGCCAACGAAGAAGUGAUUAUUGGUAAGUGUAAGUUCGAAGUUGCUGAGAUUCCGACGCGUGUCCCUCCGGACAGUCCACUGGCUCCUCAGUGGUAUAGAUUAGAAGACAUCAACGGGAAUAGGUUUGGAGGAGAGGUUAUGCUGUCUGUAUGGAUGGGGACACAAGCUGAUGAAGUGUUCCCUGAAGCUUGGCAUUCGGAUUGUGUUACCGUGAAUGGAGACAACGCAGUGAUCGCACGGUCUAAAGUUUAUCUAUCUCCGAGGCUUUGGUAUCUGAGAGUGAACGUCAUUGAGGCUCAAGAUUUGGUUCCGUUACAAGGAAACAGAACCAAUCCGGAGAUUUUAGUGAAAGGGUUUUUAGGGAACAUUGUCGUGAGGAGUCGGGUGUCUCAGACACGAACCAUGAGCCCGGUUUGGAACGAGGAUAUGAUGUUUGUGGCGGUAGAGCCUUUUGAAGACAGCUUGAUACUUAGCUUGGAAUGCAAGUUAGGUCAAAACGAAGAGUGUUUAGGGAAAUGUGAGAUAAAGUUAUCUCAAGUUGAGAGAAGGGUAAUGCCGGAUCCUGUGCCGGCUAUGUGGUACAACUUGGAACGCGUCGUGGACUCAGUGGUACCGGGAUUCGCGGGGAGGAUUCAUUUGCGGGUUUCGUUGGAAGGAGGUUACCAUGUUCUUGACGAGUCUAUUCAGUAUAGCAGCGAUUACAGAGCUUCUGCUAAAAUUUUAUGGACUCCAGCCAUUGGUGUGUUGGAGCUUGGUGUCAUCAGUGCGUCCGGUUUGAUGCCUAUGAAGUCACGUGAUGGCCGAGGAACCACUGAUGCGUAUUGUGUGGCCAAGUACGGGCAGAAGUGGGUGAGAACAAGGACGAUUGUUGAUACUUUUAGCCCAAAAUGGAAUGAGCAGUAUACUUGGGAGGUUUAUGAUCCUUACACCGUUAUCACCAUUGGGGUUUUCGACAACAUGCAUCUAUUAGUACCAGGAAACACGAAUGGUCCGAGAGAUUCAAGAAUCGGUAAGAUACGGAUACGUUUGUCCACGCUUGAAACGGAACGGAUCUACACGCAUUCGUAUCCACUCAUCGUUUUGAAACCAGACGGUGUGAAGAAAAUGGGUGAAAUUCAGCUCGCGGUUCGAUUAUCAUGUACAUCAACGAUCGAUAUGCUUCAGAAAUACUCAGAGCCGUUGCUACCUAUGAUGCACUACUUAACACCGUUGUCAAUCUACCAGCUAGACAGUCUUAGGCAUCAAGCAACUCACAUACUUUGUAUGAACCUAGGCCGGACCGAGCCGCCGCUACGAAGAGAUGUGGUUGAGUAUAUGCUUGAUUUCGGAUCCAACAUUUGGAGUAUCAGAAGAGGAAGAGCGAAUUUCGAACGUCUUGUGACAUUCUUCACUGCGUUUCUUGAUGCUUGGGUUUGGUUUGAUUCGGUUUGCAAAUGGAAGAGUCCGGUAACAACGAUUCUUGCACAUUUUAUCUUCUUGUUCAUCGUGUUUCUCCCUAAGUACUGCGUCACCUCUCUGCUGCUGUACUGCUUUGUGAUUGGGUUCUAUCGAUAUCGGUUGAGACCGAGGCAUCCUCCUCACAUGGAUAUAAAGCUGUCUAAAGCGGAUUCGGCUUUACCUGAUGAGCUAGACGAGGAGUUUGAUGGGUUUCCGAGUGGUAAAUCUGCAGAUUUGGUGAAGAAAAGGUAUGAUAGGUUAAGAGGAAUCGCAGGGAGGAUGAUGAUGGUUUUAGGAGACUUGGCUACACAGGGGGAGAGAGUUAAGAAUCUGUUGAGCUGGAGAGAUCCUAGGGCAACGUUUCUGUUUUCCAUGUUUUGUUUGGUUGCUUGUGGAGUAAUCUUCUUAAUCUCCAUGAAACUGCUGAUGACUUUGCUUGCCUUCUACGUCAUGAGACACCCUAGGCUUAGGGUUUUUGAUAUUCCUUCGGUACCUCAAAACUUCUUUAGGAGAUUGCCUUCAAGAGCUGAUAGUAUGUUGUGAUUUUUUUUUUUUCCAAUUUUAUUAUGCUUUGAUUUCUUUUAAUUUUGAGACGUUUCAUUGAUAUUCAUCAUUCUAUAAAUUUGGUUAUCGUAGUUUCUUUCAAAUGGGUUACUUUUAUUUUUAAAUUCUGAAGACCUUUGAUAUUUAUGUUAUUCGAAUACGUAGGAAUUUUUGCUGUUGUUAAUAUAUCUUACCAACACAAGGUAAAUGCAUUUUGAAAUUUAUCCAUCCUCUGUAUUCAUUUCCUGUAACAUAUGAGAAGCAUGAGAUGCUCUCAUGUUAUUUGAAGCAUACGGGUUUGCUUAUGAAACUGAUAAAAAUUGUUGCUCGAGUUCAAGAGU